AUGGACCUCGGGGGUUCCGUGAUUUCGGGAGGCGCCGGCGCUCAAUCUGAACUAAGAGCCCAUACAAACGCUCGGAAGCCCAUCGCCAUCCAGGAGGACAGCGACGAUUCCGACGACGACGUCGUCGACGGCGUCGGCGACGCGCCCCCGCCGACGGUCCCGACGGAGUCCGAGGAUGGCACCCACGACGACGGCACCCAAGACGGCACCGGUGACGCCGUCCCGAACAAGCCGUUCCGGAAGAGCGUCCCGAUUGUCGAGGAGGACUCCAGCGACGACGAAGACGACGGCGACGCGCCGCCCGCGGAGGCUGCCGAAGCCGCUACGAUGGAGCCAUCCGUCGCGCCCGAGGGUGCCGAGGGUGCCGAGGCUGUCGCCUCCGACGUCCACCGCGCCAACCCCGCCGCGGACCCGACGGAGAGCGCCGAAGCCGCGAAGGAUCGCGGCAACGCGCUGUUCAAAUCCGGCGACUUUAAGUCGGCGGAGGUUGCGUACACCGAGGCCAUCGCGCUCGACCCCUCGUCCGCCGCGUACCACGCCAACCGCGCGGCUGCACGAUUGAAGCUGCACGAUCACGCCAACGCCCUCGCGGACGCCACCGCCGCGCUCGCGUUGGACGCGACGCACACCAAGGCGCGGCACAGGCGCGCGAUGGCGUUGGCCAAGCUCGGUCGACACGACGAAGCCGCCGCGGAAUACGAUUUCGUCGAGCGGGCGUACCCCGGCCACGCGGGGGUUCGCGCCGAGGCAAAGGCGGCGAGGGACGCGGCGGAGACGGCGAGAGUUCAGAGCAAGGCGGCCGCGGCGACGGAACGCGAGAAGGCCAAGGCGAUGGCCGCGGCGGUGGCGGAGGAGGAGGGCGUGAGCGCGCCGUCGUCCCCGGCCAAUACUUCGCGAGACUCUUCGCGAAACGCGUCGAACGCGUCGUCGCCGCGGUCGAUGGGGUCCACGCCGGAGAAGUCGAGGCAGGCGGUGGAGGCCAAAGCCGCGGCGGCCGCGGCGAUCCUCCGCGAGAAGCAGAGCUCGAAGAAGCCGAGGACCGCGACGGAGCUCGAGCGCGGGUGCAAGUCCAUGCGCGGUAAACCGGAUGAGCUGAGCGCGUUUUUGCGGACGGUGACGGAUGACGAGCUCGUCAAGACUCUCAAAGCCUCCGUCUCCGCCGACGUCCUCGGCGCGUACGCGGAGGUUUGGGAGAAGCACGAGGUACCCGCGGGACAGUUCGCGUCAGUCGCCGGGACGGCGCGGGCGCUGGCGUCGCUGCCCAGGUUUGCGUUUGCGGCGAUGAUGAUGAAACCCGCAGAUAAAAAGUCAGCCGCGGCGGUUUUCAAUCGCCUCGACGCCGAGGGCGUGGCCAACGCCAGGAAGGAUUGGAAGGUGUAGCGCGAUGUAGCGGGGAUGGGUGCGCGUCGUCGUUCGGAUUCGCGUGGUAAUAUAUGAACACAACGUCACGUUA